AUGACCCUCCACAACCUCGCCAUCACCAUCACCCUCACCCUUGCCGUCUCAACCAACCUCCUCGCCAUCUCCACCCUCCAAUACAGCCUCUCCAUCUCCCUCACCAAGCCUCAGCUCCGACACCUCCGCAAAUUUCUCGCAUUUGCCAUAUCAGGUACACCAAGAUCUCUACUGGCUCUGGCACGGCUCAUCGACCAUCUCGCCGGACGUAUAGAUCAGCAUAGUCCGUUCGAGGUUGAUGUUACGUUGACCGGGGUGGUAGAUGCCGUGGUUUGGAGUGGAGAGGGGGUGGGGAUGGGGGUGUUGGGGGGUCUUGUUGGGAGGUAUGAGAGGGAGAGAGAGAGGACAAGGAGGGGGUUGGAUGGGGAGAGGGGGUUAGCAGCGACGUGGGUGUGA